AUGGAGUUUGCCAUGGUGGGUGCAGACAAUGGGUGCAAUAGUCACCUGCCUUAUAAUUAUGCCCAAACUCGUGCACGGGAGCGCCAGGCACGAGCAUCAGCAGCUGAAGGUGCAGAAGGAGGAGGAGGAGGAGGAGGAGGAGGAGGAGCAGGUACCACCUCCACCUCCACCUCCUCCUCGCAUCUCCUAAACAACCGCCAGCAUCAAUCUCGCUCCUCCUCCUCUUCCUCCUCCUCCACCACCACCUCCUCCUCCUCCUCCACCUCCUCCUCCCAGCAGCACCAGCAGGAGAGGAAAAAGCAGCGGUGGAGACGCAGCAGGACUCUGGGUGGAGACCUGCGCCACUCGGAGCUGGCUCUGCUCGGAUCCGAGGACGACAUGAUGAUCCAGGAGGAGGAGGAGGAGGAAGAGGAAGAGGAGGAGGAGGAGGACAAGGGAAGCAAGAGGUCGAGCUUUCUGUGCAACAUGGAUGAUGAGGAGGAGACAGACAGACGUCCGCACUCCGGGUAUGAUUACGCGUCCAGGGAGAGCGGCUGCUGCGAGAGAGUGGUCAUCAAUGUGUCCGGACUCAGGUUUGAGACUCAGAUGAAGACCCUGGCUCAGUUCCCCGACACCCUCCUUGGAGAUCCAGACAGGAGGAGCAGGUUCUUCGACCCUCUGAGGAACGAGUACUUCUUCGAUCGGAACCGGCCGAGCUUCGACGCCAUCCUCUACUACUACCAGUCAGGAGGACGCUUGAAAAGACCUGUGAACGUCCCGUUUGACAUCUUCUCCGAGGAGGUGAAGUUCUACGAGCUCGGAGAGGAGGCGAUACUGAAGUUUCGGGAGGAUGAGGGCUUUGUGAAGGAGGAGGAGAAACCUUUGCCAGAGGAUGAGUUCAAGAGACAGAUCUGGCUCCUCUUCGAGUACCCGGAGAGCUCCAGUCCAGCCAGAGGGAUUGCGGUGGUGUCAGUGCUGGUCAUCGUGAUCUCCAUCGUCAUCUUCUGCCUGGAGACCCUCCCGGAGUUCAGGGAUGAUAAAGGCAACUCCACCCAGUCUGAGCAGGACUUCACCCCGUUCAACGACCCGUUCUUCAUCGUGGAGACCGUCUGCAUCAUCUGGUUCUCCUUUGAGUUGAUCGUGCGGUUCUUUGCGUGCCCGAGCAAGCCUGCGUUCUUCAAGAACAUCAUGAACUGCAUAGACAUUGUCUCCAUCUUGCCUUACUUCAUCACGCUGUGCACAGACCUGGCCCAGCACCAGGGGAAUGGGCAGCAGGCUGUGAGCUUCGCCAUCCUGAGAAUAAUCCGCCUGGUGAGGGUGUUCCGCAUCUUCAAGCUGUCCAGACACUCCAAAGGUCUCCAGAUCUUGGGCCACACUUUACGCGCCAGCAUGAGGGAGCUGGCUCUCCUCAUCUUCUUCCUCGUCAUCGGAGUCAUCCUCUUCUCCAGCGCUGUGUACUUUGCAGAAGCAGAUGAACCAUCCUCCCAGUUCACCAGCAUCCCAGACGCCUUCUGGUGGGCAGUGGUGACCAUGACCACUGUGGGAUAUGGAGACAUGAAGCCCAUCACGGUGGGUGGGAAGAUAGUGGGCUCCUUGUGCGCCAUCGCCGGGGUGCUGACCAUUGCGCUCCCGGUGCCGGUGAUAGUCUCCAACUUCAACUACUUCUACCACCGGGAGACCGACAACGAGGACCAGGCUCCUGUGGUGGAGAGCUUGCCACCAGGCUGUCCUUACUUCCCAGACUUUUUAAGGAAAUUCAAAGGUUCUCCAUCGGGUUCCUCCAUGGGCGACAAGGCGGAGUACAUGGAGAUGGAGGAGGGGGUGACGGAGUCGCUUUGCGGGCUGGACAAGAGCCCCAGUAAAGGAAACGGCACCGACAUAGGCAGGAGGAACAGUACGAACUCCAAAUCCGUUCAGACUGACGUGUGAUUACAAGUAGUCUUUUUCAGCCCUUUUUUCUUUCUUAAAAAAAAGGAAAAUACCCAACAAGCAGGAGGUCCAAACUCAAGUUUUACGCACGCACAUUACGCACACAC